AUGAAAUUCGUAAUAGCUUUAGUAGCAAUCGUGGCUGCAGCCAGUGCUUGGAAAGUACCAAACCUUGGUAGAGGCGAACUUUACAAGGAUCUUCAGGAAUUUGUAGAUUUGAUUCCAACCAAUAAGUUGGUACAACUUUUCUUGCAAUAUGCCGCAGAAGAUGCAGAAGUACAGAGAGGACUAGCAUACGUGCAAACGGAGGACUUUAAACAAUUGGUACAAGAAAAUGAACAAAUACCCGAAGUAAUUGCCUUUUACAACUACGUAUACAGUGCCGGAGUAGACAUUUACUACCUUGUAAAUCGUUUACACGAGUACAUUCACAUUCCAAAAUUGACGCCACCAUCGUCAUUCUAUGGAAUCACUGGUGGAUACAAGGGUCUGGUCGCCGAUGUCAAGAAACUUAUGCCAAAUGAACAAUUGAAGGCUCUUUACUACAAAAAAGUGGAAACUUCGCCGGCUUUCAAAGAACUCGUCGAACGCCUUUCCUCUAAAGAAUUCCAAACAAUUGUCGACACCUUAUAUGCCAACCCACGUUUCCUAUACAUCCUUAAGAGAGCCAAUGAAGCUGGUCUCGAUGUCAAGGCCGUCAGAGAAGUUAUCCAAACCAUGAAGUGCAUUGUACUUUUCGCAGCUGUCCUCGUAAUUGGAGUUUCCUCCAAUCAGGAUAUCUUUGAUAAUAGUUGGGAAUUUAACGAAUUAGACAAGGAUAUAUAUGACUUUAUAAAGCUUAUGCCUGUUAACGAAAUUUUAAAACUAUCAGUCAAAUACAGAAAUGAUCCUGAGAUACAAAGAACCUUGAGAUGGGUCUCAGGUGGUGAAUUCCAUACUUUGCUCGCUAACGUAGAAAAGUUGCAAGAAUUCAAAGACUUGGUUCUUUUCAUUCAAGAGGCAGGAUACAAUGAAAUAAGAGAAAUCCAAAUCUACCACGCACUCACUGGAAUGCCAGAUUUCGUGCCACCACAUAGAUACGAAGAUGAACUUCCACAAGGAUAUGCAAAUGGUGGUUUUGCCAAAUAUCUUGAAGACCUGAUUGAUCUUAUUCCUAAGGGUGAAAUUGAAAGGCUCCACAAUAAGAAAUCCGUAGAUUCGCCAGCUUUCAUUAAAUUCCAUAACGCUAUUCAUUCUGCUGAAUACAAACAAUUGAAAAAUGCAUUACAACAUACACCGGAAUACCAACUGCUAUUGCAAAGAACCAAAGCUAACGGUCUUGACAUCCAAGCAUUCGAAAACUUCAAAUACGAGCUUCUUGGUUUCUUACGUAAAGGUAUGAAGUUAAUUUUUGCUUUUAUUGCGGCGCUGAUUGUCUUUGAAACUUCUGCCGUCCCAUUUAAAUCCAAUCAAUGGGAUAUAAUGAAAACUUUGGCCGAAGCAUUCGAUGAAAACAACUUAGAAUUGAAUUACUUGGAUCGAGAUUUUAUAGACUUUAUAAAACUCAUACCUAUGAACAAAUUAGUUACGAUUCUACAGAAAUAUGAAAAUGACCCAGAAAUAUUAAGUUCCUAUGAUUAUUUAAGGAGCGAAGAGUUUCACAAUUUAGUUUACGCUGUAGAAGACUUACGCGAACAUCGUAAAUUAGUCCGAAUUCUUCAAGAAGCUGGAUACAACAAAAUAAGAGAACUUAAAAUGAUUCAUGAAGCUUUGGGAAUGAAAGAAUAUGUUCCGAAAAAACGGCGAUCAUUAGAUCAACAACAAUUGGAGAUGGAUAACGGUUCGAAAGGUGGAUUGAGUGGUCUCUUCAAUGAAAUUAUCGCAAUUCUUCCAGUCAAAGAAAUCAAAGAACUUCAUGAGAAAAAACUCAUUGAAUCGCAACCAUUUGCUAAAUUCAACCUUUACGUCAGUUCCUCAAGAUUCCGUAAGAUCCUAACGAAUCUUACCACAACAAAACAGUACAAACAAAUGGCACAAAAAGCUCUUGAACAUGGUGUCGAUUUAGCCCUAUUUAUUGUCGUGGGAGCUUUUGCUGUCCCAUUAAAUAACGAUAAAGCGAUAAAUUCAUUAAAUGGAAAUCGAUCGAAUGUACUUGAAAAUUUUUUGGACGCAUUUAAUGGCAAUAAUUCCGGUAUAACUCCGUUGGACAGAGAUUUCCUUGAUUUCGCAAAACUCAUCCCAAUCGAUAAAUUGCGUUCAAUUGCAUAUAAAUAUGCAAAUGAUUCCGGAGUAAGACACUCUUUACGUUUCGUUUUGAGUGAAAAAUUCCACAAUUUGGUAUAUGCUGUAGAAGCCAUACCAGAGCACAACGAUUUGGUUCGAAUUCUUGAGGAAGCAGGAUUCAGCGCAAUCCGAAAUAUCAAAUUAAUUCACAGAGCUUUGGGAAUGAAAGAUUAUGUACCACCCCCACUUUCAACCCAAGAAUUAAAGAAUUUGGAACCGAAAGAAGGAGGAUUGAGUGGUUUUAUUAAAGAAUACAUCGAAAUCCUUCCAGUUAAUGAGAUCAAGGAACUUCAUCAACGAAAAUUGAAGGAAUCGCAAGCUUUUGCUAGAUUUGACAGCUACGUGCGUUCUCCAAGGUUCAGGGAAAUUCUACGUGCACUUGGAGCAACCAAAGAACAAAAAGAACUGCUGGAGGUAUCUCUGCAAAAUGGUAUUGAUUUUCACUUGAUAAUGGAACUUAAUCAACGUGUUCUUGGCUACAAACCAAUGAAGUACGUUUUUACUAUCUUCGUGGCACUAGUUGUCGCUGGAGUUUCUGCAAUUCCACUAAAUGACAAUAUGGGUAAUGACGAAGAAAUGAGAAGAAAUGCUUUGGAUAGAGAUAUUAUAGAUUUUCUGAAACUUAUACCAGUGGACGAACUUCGUCCAAUUAUGGACAAAUAUGCGAAUGAUUCCAAAUUGGAAGCGUCAACUCUUUGGUUAUUGACUGACGAAUUCCACCAAUUGGUCUACGCAGUAGAAGCUUUACCAGAACAUCAAAAAUAUGUUCGCUACCUUCAAGAAUCAGGAUUCGAUAAAAUUCGUGAGCUUAAAAUAAUUCAUCAAUUACUUGGAAUGAAGGACUACGUGCCACCAUCGCUUUUCUUACUAUCUACUAUUAGUCAAUAUAAUUUGGUCGAUUCGGAAGGUGGAUGGAGCGGUUAUAUCAAAGAGUUCGUUGAAGUACUUCCAGUGAAAGAAAUUAAGGCACUUCAUAAUAAAAAAUUGAAGGAAUCAGCAGCCUUUAAGAAGUUCAGCUCUUACGUAUUAAGUGAGGAAAUGUCCCAAUUGUCUAAAGAUCUUGCUAAACAACAAGCAUUUAAAGAAUUUCUACAAAAAACUUUGGAGCAUGGUAUUGACUAUUACGCUUUCGUAGAUCUUGCGCUUCGUAUUCUUGGUUUUAGACCAUAA